AUGGAUAAAGUAUCCUCUGACUGUCCAUAUCCAGGAUGUUUCUUUUGUGUCAUGAAGGAAGGGAGCCCGAGCAAGCGCAGAGCUAGCAUACUAAAGUUUUUCCGAGAUCUUCCUUCACAGGAUAACGAUGGUCAGGUUCUACCUAUUAGUGGACUCUGGAAUACUGCGAUGGCACAUCCUAACGAUCCCGAAUUCAUCGAGUUGGGAAUAUUUGAAUGCAUGGCAGCGCUUAUCUGGAAGGGUUUAAAGAACCGCCGCUGGCUAUCCCACGACCAAAAUAUAUAUAUCCCAUACUAUGCAGCACAUAUAAUUGGAUCUUACACUAUGAAUAUGGAAGAAUUUGCAGAAACGGCAGUGCGUGCCGGGGUAAUCCCACCCUUAGUUGAACUUCUUAGAGGGAGGUUAACAUGGGUUGAACAACGAGUGGCUGUCAGAGCUCUAGGGCAUUUAGCAACCUAUGCCAGCACUUUUCCUGCUGUAGCUAGUCAUGGCGAGAUUUUAGAGCUCUCCAUGCAGCUGGCAAUGAGUUCACUUGAAAUUGUUUACUCCCACUUUUACCAGUAUGUUGACCGGAGGUUCGGUUAUCAUUGUGAUCUUCUUACACGUGGCAUGGGCGGUGUUGAAAUGGAGUCAAGGAAGGCUGAGGAAUGGGCUAGCCAGCUUCAGUGUUGGUCCCUUCAACUCAUCAAUUGCUUUGCUUUCAAAUCUGAAUUUCUUCCGACUAUAUGCAAACCGGAAUUUCUAACAAAGCUUCCAGGCAUGUGGGGCGGCCUUGUUAAUGAAAACUCGCCGGCUGGUAUUGGUUUAUUACGGACAAUUUGUCAUCAUAAGAUUGGUAGGGGCCCAGUCGCUAGCUGCACUGGCAUUAUAGAGGCAUUGUGUAAUAUUGCACGAUCAUCAGAUGACUGGCAGUAUAUGGCCAUCGACUGUCUUUUAUGGCUGCUCCAAGAUCCAAAUAUUAGUAAUAAGGUCAUUGAUAAGGCUGUACCUGCAUUAGUUGACCUUGCAGAAAUCUCUACUCUUGGGGAUCAUAAAAAACUUGGGGAUUCAAUUGUUAAUGUUCUUCGGGAAUGCAUUCAGUCACAAGGAACAGGCCGCAACUCAAUCAGUACCCAUGCAAAAGAAGAGGUAGAGGAACUACUAAAUUCUCGACAGAGAUUAAAAUGGGAGAAGAAUAUGCCAAAAGAGGAUCUUCAUAUCAAACAGGCAGCUGCUUUAGUUGUAAAACUCGAAGGAAAUUCCCUGUUCUCAUCAGGAGAUAUUUCUGGUGCUGCUUUGAAGUAUUCAGAAGCAUUGGCUUUGUGUCCAAUGAGGUCAAAAAAAGAGAGAGUUGUACUGUACAGUAAUCGAGCUCAAUGUAAUCUUUUAUUACAACAGCCCCUGGCUGCCAUAAGUGAUGCUACACGUGCACUUUGUAUUCAUAGCCCAAUUAAUCGUCACGCAAAAAGCCUUUGGAGACGAGCACAAGCAUAUGACAUGCUCGGUUUAGCCAAGGAGAGUUUGUUAGAUGCUAUUCUCUUCAUAAAUGAGUGCUCCCAAUCGAGCGAUCCCGAUCUGUCCUUGAGGCAAAACAAGGUUCCUGACUAUGCUGAGCGUUUAGUUAAGAAACAAAUGCGUGCUGCUUGGUUAUUUAGAGAGGCUGCAAUUAAACAUGGGGGAGUACAAUGCGAAGGGGACGCUGGAGAUAUGUAUGGACAAGAGACUGAUGAUUCUGAAUGGGAAACUGCAAGUGAAAGUGAUAUAGGAAAUGAUGAAAGGGAUGACUUUGGUAAGAAUGAUCGUGCAUGGAAAGCUGACAUUGAACGGAAAGAAAGAUACAAUAAAGCUAUGACAAAAGACAUGAAGCAGGGAUACAGCGUGCUGCUUACAGAGGAUGAAGCAUAG